UUUUCGGGGAAUGCGUGGAAAGCUAAAGUCAGCACAGUUUCGUCGAGAAGAGACAUGAAAUGCUUGAGUAUCUGGUCUGUGAUGGGUACACGUUGUAUAUUAAAACUGAUGUGUUUGUUCGCCCCCGAAAACAAGUGAAGGCUGUGAAGGUUUAUUGCGAUCUAAACGAUCCAGUCAAUUCAUAUGCUAGUACCGCGCGACUUCCAAAUGCACUCAGACGGACCCGGUUCUGGACUCGUGCUGCUUUCACCCACUGUGGGAUGAAAUUGAGAUUGGUAGAAGGCCGUCAGCACUGACACCCAUUCAAGUCGUAUUUGGCGCGUAAGGCUGGAGCCUACUCGCGAGAAUGGACGUUUACGAAAUAUGCCUUCGUUUGACGGCGCUCUAUGAUUCAAUUCAAUCCGCCCUAAAUAUACUAUGAGCCUAUGAUUGAAUGGUCAGAUUGUGCUUGUAGCCGUUCUCACUCACUGGGGUCGAAUGUCGUGGCAAAGAGGUCCAUGCUCCGCCGACAAAGACGGCCGGACUCUGUGCAUGCGCGCUCACGUUUGAAAACACGCAGAAAGCACUUGGUGCUGUGAGAUAUUUGUAUGGGUCACUAGGUGCUUUGGU